GCACCAAGUGAUCCGGAUCCAGGAAAUGACAACCGUCCACAGUCGCAUGGGAAGAAGUUAAGUUGUGCUUCCAUUCGUAUGAGCAUCUCCGAUAUGGUCACGCGAUGAUCGAACAUCAAUACAGUCGCGGGAUGGAUAGCAAAAGAACAGUUAGAACCUGGAGUUCCGCCCGAGAAAUAAUCAUCGGUGUGUGGAAAGAAGGAAAUUAAAUGCCUCUGAGAGUUACCACUAACAUUGAAGCAAUGGGUCCAAGGAGGAAGGCCUCCAAACUUCAACCUUUAGGGGCCGGCUGUGGAUGGGAAGUGCCUCUGAGGCCAAAUGAGCCCAAAGACUACAUCAACGAAUUGUCCCAUGAAGUUCUCUGUCAUAUAUUCAGGUACCUUCCUAUGAAGGACAUCAUAUGCAUGGAGUGUCUCUCCAGAAAGCUCAGAGAAGCUGUCACCCUGUACUUGCGAGUGAUCAAAGUAGUGGAUCUUUGUGCUGGUCACUGGUGGGAAUAUAUGCCCUCAGGUUUUACAGAUAGCAGCUUCUUGCUUCUUUUGAAGAAGAUGCCCGACCUGGAGCAGCUAUAUGGCCUUCACCCCCGAUACCUCGAGAGGAGACGAGUCAGAGGCUACGAUGCGUUCAGUAUACCUGGUGUCGUGGAGGCACUCCAAGCCUGUCCCAGUCUGCUGGGUGUUGAGACGUCCCACCUUGAGCUGGUGGAAGCCAUUUGGAACUACAUGCCACAGGUUCACAUACUUGGGAAGUUCCGUAAUCGCAACGGGGCUUUCCCAAUUCCAGCUGAGAAUAAAUUAAUCAUCCCCAUUACUGCAAAAAUCCAGACACUUCACCUUGUGGGUGUAAAUGUCCCAGAGAUCCCUUGUGUGUCCAUGCUGCGCCACCUUUACCUAAAGUGGGUCCGUCUCACCAAACCUCAGCCAUUUAAAGAGUUCCUCUGUGUCAGCCUGAGAUCCUUUGUCAUGCGGAACUGUGCAGGUCCAACCAACUCCCUCAAAUACGUUCCCCUGGUUACUGGUUUAGCUUCAGCCCGAAAUCUUGAGCAGCUAGAGUUGGUUAGAGUUCCCUUCCUUGGAGGGCUCAUCCAACAUGUGGUAGAGGACAGCUGGAGAUCAGGAGGAUUUCGGAACCUCCACACCAUUGUGUUCGGAGCCUGUAAAAAUGCCCUGGAAGUGGACCUCGGUUACCUUGUCAUUACUGCUGCUCGCAGACUUCAUGAGCUACGUAUCCAGCCAUCACUAACAAAAGAUGGAGUGUUCUCAGCUCUCAAGAUGGCUGAACUAGAGUUUCCUCAGUUUGAUACCCUUCAUCUUGGAUACGUGGAUGAGUUCCUGCUCCAAUGUAAGAUGAGUCAUUCAGAGCUGGUGAAGUAUGGUCUGGCUGAUGUGGUAGAGAACCCAGGCAUCAUCACUGAUAUCGGCAUUAAAGUGGUGAAUGAGGUAUUUAGUAAUAUAAAAUACCUGCUCAUCUACAACUGUCCCCACCUUCAUAACCCUCACCAUUGGAUUACAGAUCAGUCCAGAUGGAGCAGACUUGUUGACCUCACACUGGUACGCUGUCACGCUAUCAAACUGGAGUCUUUCUCCCAGUUCAUCGAAGCAGUGCCCAGUUUAGAGUUCAUAUGUCUGGACCAAAUGUUUCGAGAACCACCAAAGGGUUGUGCCAGAGUAGGCCUGAGUGCUGGAACUGGUAUUGGUGUGUCCUCGGCUCUGGUCAGCAACCAAAACUCUAACAAUGACAACAACAAUAAUAACCACCACCAUCACCACAACAACAACGAGGCCAAUCUGCCUCCUCCUCCUCCUCCACCCCCCCCCUCCCCUCCGCCUCCUCCUCCUCCUCCACCACCGCCACCUGUUUACAACAUCGAAAGACAUCAGCAGCAGCACAAUGCACCAUUGGAAGUCAAUGGGAUAGACGAUGUGGAGGAGAACAUGCGGGCAGAGCCAGAAAUUGAGUUGGAAGGAGCUGACAUGGCAGUGGCAGCAGAUCGCGAUGGCGCUGCUGGACCCAGACAUCCAGCUGGUUCACCACAUCUAUCUAGUGGUGAUGAAGAGCAAGCAGGUCCCAGUGGUUUGGUUCGGCAGUGUAGACCUCCCGGGGUUGCCAUUCCCAAGCCCUCACUAAUCCUGUCUGACUCGGACAGUGAGGAGGAGGAGGAAGGCCUCGUUUCAAGACUAACUCCAGCAACUUCCUGCUCACAGCAACCUAUUUCUUGCACAGAAGGUAAAGGAAAGACUCCUCUGCGGCGGAACAAUAAUGGGCCUGGAUCAGCGUUGGUCUCGGGAAAUCGGGUGAAGCCUCCUGCGUCAGAGGGUCGCUGUGAAAAGAGCUGUCAGGUGACCAGUGAACAAAUAAAGGCUGACAUGAAGGCGGCAUCCGAGAACAGUCGGAGGACUAGCAAUAAAGGCGUCAACACAGAAUCAGGGGAGACCUCAGCGAGGCCAGGGCAGGAUGGCACAGUACAAGGCUCCGGUGUCAGUGGGGCAGCAGAAAGGCCGCUGACCCAAUGUGUGGACAUAAUUGAACCUGGAUCAGCCCAGGGACCUGAGAGGCGAGAUACUGGAAGUGGCAGGACUAAUGGGGGCACAGUAAACCACUCUGGAACACAUACUGGUGACUGCAGCACCAGAGAAGUUGGAUUAAGGCAAACUCCUGGUACUGCUAGUGUUGCGCAUCGAGAAUCCAAAAGUUCUGUUGAAAACAUGACUUCAGGACAACCAGCUGGUCAGAGGCACAGACGAACGCUGGUGGCUCAGCGUUCAAGUUGUAAGCGAACUCUGGCCAGUGAUGAGAACUCUCCACCCAGACGACCUUUGACCCGGUCCUGCACUCGUAUGUCUUCUGUAUCCCUGAUGCCAGAGACAGAUCUUCCAAGAACCAGGCCUCGGGUAGCAACAAGGAGGAGGAGAAUGGCUGACAAAUCAACCAGUACUUCGGACCCGGUGACAGAGGAUGACCAUAUACAGGUGUUGACCCUGAAGAGUAAGAACCUGGUGGGGAUCACUCUGACCAACUGCGGUAUCACCGACCUGGUCCUUAAAGACUGUCCCAAGAUGAUGUUCAUUCAUGCUACCCGAUGUCGAGUGUUGAAGCAGCUGCGAGUGGAAAGCGCUCCUAUUGUUAACAGGUUUGACUAUGCACAAUGCAAGAAGCUGAACAUGGAACAGGUCCUGGAUCAGAUUCUGAGAAUGCCUCCUGAGCGCAACCGCAUCAUCUACAUGCGUCCUAUGCACCAGAUUGAUUCUGUGGCAUUGGAACGUCAGCUCUUCCAGGGUCCCUAUCCCUAUCAUAUCGCUAUAGUUCAUGAGUUCAGCAAUCCUCCAAAUAUACGCAACAAGGUCCGCAUUCGCAGUUGGAUGGACACUAUAGCCAACAUCAGCCAAGAGCUAAUCAAGUACGAGUUCUUCCCAGAGGCCACCAGGACAGAAGAAGAUGUAAAGAAGUAUCCUAGAUAUCCCUGGGGCCGAGACAUUUAUACACUAGAGGGUCUGUUGGAUGGUGCCCCCUACAGCAUGAUAACAGACUUCCCAUGGCUCAGAACUCUGAGAGCUGCCAACCCCAACAACUACGCCCGCUAUGACUUUGAGGACGACGAGAGCACCACCAUCUACGCCCCGAGGAGGAAGGGUCAGCUUUCGGCCGACAUCUGCAUGGAGACCAUUGGCGAGGAGAUCUCUGAGCGGCGACAGAGCAAAAGAGGAGUGUUUCAGAGAGUCGUGGUUCUUUUCCUCCAUCACUGUGACACGCCCGGCGAACCAGUUGAUGACGACUACAUUUAAGACAUUCUGACUGACAUAAGACUCCAUUCCAUUUGGGAAAUGGCAACAUGGCAUUAAUUGCGUUAGUGUCCGAGCUGCCGGGCCGCACGCUUGAACGCAACUGUGGGGUGGGGCCAAAGAUCAUUAUGCAGCAAAAUGGGCAUGUUGUCAACAUGACUCCAAAUAACGCAAGCUUUUGUCUUACAUGUCUUUCCUUUUCAUUCAUGAAGCAUUUUAGAUUAAAUUCAAGCUGCAUCUGCGAUAUAUGUGUGUAUAUAUAUAUAU